CGGCCCUCAACAUGCUGGAUGAAAGUUGAUGUGGCCCUCUGGCUGUAAAGUUUGGAGACCCCUGGCAUAGACCAUAGGCGUUACAUAUCACGAAAAAAGAAAACAUUGCUUCAUCGAAGUGUUUUCUUGUUAUUGUACAUAUAAUAUCAAAGCAAUUUACCCGGUAAUAAUCGUUUGUAUUAAAUCAAUUCACACUUUCCAAUUCCACAACUAAUUUACAAAAUUUGCGAUCAUAAUAUUAGGUCAUGCGCAGUUGCAUUUGUUGGUAAAUAGAACAUGAAUAUGGCAGAAGGUUGACGACAUUGAGAAAAGGAUAUUCACUGGAUUUUAUUGUAUUGUGAGGCCCUCCUCAUGGAGAGCUCCUCCAAUAUGACUUUCAUUCGUCAGCUUCUUAUAUUUCUUUUGUAUUUUUCAUACGUUGCCUCAAUGAACACCAAGAAACGUUCUGAAAUGAGUGAAACUGUGAAAGAAAUGUUUCUUCAUGCGUAUGAAUCUUACAUGAAGAAUGCUUAUCCUGCUGACGAACUGAUGCCAUUGAACUGUAAAGGUCGAUAUCGGGACAUGGAACCGUCACGUGGUGAUGUAGAUGAUGUAUUAGGAAAUUUUUCGAUGACAUUAAUUGACUCAUUAGACAGUCUUGUUAUUUUUGGAGAAAUUGAAAAGUUUGAUGAAGCUGUCAGAUUGGUGAUUGCUGAUGUUAACUUUGAUAAUGAUAUAGUUGUUUCUACAUUUGAAACUAAUAUUCGAGUUUUGGGUGGUCUUCUUGGGGGCCAUGUUGCUGCAAAUGUACUAAAGAAUAAAGGAUUUGGAUUAAGUUGGUAUCAAGAUGAAUUGCUUGAUAUGGCCAGGGAUAUUGGUGAUAGAUUGCUACCAGCUUUCAAUACAACUACUGGUAUUCCCUAUCCUAAAGUUAAUCUUAAGUAUGGUGUUAUUGAUCCAAGGUCGCGGACUGGAUCAGAAUCUUCAACUUGUACAGCAUGUGCAGGUACUAUGAUCAUGGAGUUUGGAGCUUUGAGUCGUCUCACUGGUGAUGAUAAAUAUGAGACAGCAGCACAUAGAGCUAUGAAGGCAUUGUGGACAUAUCGAAGUCGAUCAAGUAAUCUAGUUGGUACUGUAAUCAAUAUUCACAAUGGAGAUUGGGUCAGACGAGAUAGUGGAGUUGGUGCUGGCAUUGAUUCCUACUAUGAGUAUUGCUUAAAGGCUUAUAUUUUACUUGGAGAAGAGGAUUAUUUACUGAGAUUCAAUCAGCAUUACAAAGCAGUGAUGCAGUACAUCAACAGAAACUCAUUAUUUCUUAAUGUUCACAUGAACAACCCAAAUAAACGUUCCGUAUCAUACAUGGAUUCAUUGCAGGCAUUUUGGCCUGGUUUACAGGUACUAAAGGGAGAUAUCAAGUCAGCAAUAGAACUUCAUGAGGUGUUUUAUAGCGUUGCUAAACGCCAUACAUUUCUUCCUGAAGCUUUUACGACAAAUUUUGAAAUACAUUGGGGCCAGCAUUUUUUACGUCCGGAGUUAGUUGAAAGUACAUAUUUCUUGUACGAGGCAACCAAAGAUCCUUACUAUCUUGAAGUUGGUCAAAACAUUGUGGAGAAUUUGAACAAGUAUGCUAGGGUACCCUGUGGAUUUGCGGCUGUGAAGGAUGUACGAACCAUGACUCAUGAAAACAGGAUGGACUCGUUCCUUCUUUCCGAGACUCUAAAGUAUUUGUAUUUGUUGUUCAUGGAUAAAAAAGAUCUCUUGAUUGAUCUUCAUGAUUUUGUCUUUACAACUGAAGCGCAUUUAUUGCCUCUUGCUUUGUCAAAUUGGAACAGUUCUUCAAUUCAGAACAAUGUCUACGAUAGCGAGAAUCUUCACGAUCGCUCGUGUCCACGAUCUACAUCAAGAGACGGUAGCAUUCUAAACUUAGCCGAAGAAAUUCGUCGGAGAAUUCGAAACUCAAAUUCAGCUGACAGUUGUCCAAGAAGUAAAGAAAAACAGAAUGUUGUUUUUCUACGCAAAGAGAAUAAGGCUCCUCUCCUUCGUGCUGAGCAUUUCAUUCCUGGAAAUAAGGAUCACAUUCUCAUAUUGAAAGCCAUGGGAAUUUCUGUCUCCAAGACGGCUGAUGGCAAAGUUCAGUUGAUGCAAGACUCAAACUUGGCCGACAACAUCGAAAUGGCUGCUGAAGGCAUCACGUUUAUGCAAUCUAUGAUAGAGCUGGCAAAAUCCCGUAACAGUGAUCCAGAGUACUUUCCUCGCAUCGUGCAGUUACUAUCUCCUCCAUACAAUGGGAAUAUCGUCGUCAAUGCAGGUCCAGCUCAGUUUGGUUUGAACUUGUCGAAAAUGGGAAUGGGGGUUAGUGCUGAUGUCAUCUUGGCUGAUCCUUUCACUGGAUGUGAGGAUUUAAAGAAUGAAGAUGCAGCUAACCGUCGUAUCGUAGUGAUGCAACGAGGGGAUUGUAUGUUCGUUGAUAAGGCUCGUGUUGCAGACAAGCAUGGUGCAGUUGGUGUCAUUAUUAUUGAUAAUAACGAAGGCAGCUCAUUUGAGAGUCAACCGAUGUUUGCAAUGAGUGGAGACGGGGGGAGUAAAGAUGUUAACAUUCCCGCCGUGUUUUUAUUUUACAAUGAAGGACAAGUCCUGCAAAAGGCAAUGCAGGUCGCUCAAAUUAACACACAGGGCCACCUUAGAGUAAGACUUGCAGAUAAGGCCUUAAAAAGAGAUUUACAGAAGGAGUCAAUUGAAGGUGUAUCAUCAGAACAACAAGAUAUUCAAGAUGGUACUGGUCAUAUGAUAAAUGAUGUUGAAAAAGACAAAAAUCAGGAAUUACACUCACAAACAUUUAAGAAAACAGAGAAGAAUGUCGACAAAAUCGUUGAAUUGAUCAAAAAAUUCGUGAAUCAACCUGGUUUUUCGUUUUCUGCUAUUCAACCGACAAAAGAAUCAAGUAGUUCAGUGGGAGAAACUGCUGACCAGCGAGAGCAAUGGCUUUAUGACGUCAUGAUGGAAAAUUUGGGCGGCAAGAAAGAAGUUGGUGAGUCAGCAAAUAAAGAUGUUCAUGAAGUUGUUGGCAAGAUCGAAAAUGGUUUUUUUAGCGUAAAAGUAAAGAAAAUAAUAGACUCAGAGAACAUAUUGAGGACAAAGGUUAGCAAUGAGAAGAAUACUUGUAUUCACAACAAACAAAGAGAAUUUUUAAACAUAUUAUUUCAUCGUGAUGAUGAUGUUAAUGAUAGUGAAAUUAUUGUCGUUGGAAAGGUGGACAACGUAAAAAAUUACGACGGUAGUCAUUUUUACGACAUUACGUCACUGCGUUUAGACGAGAGGCAAACUCCUUCGUUAACAAAUGAAAAAAAAGUAAAUGACCUCCUUGAUGUGAACGACGAAAGAUUGGAAGGUGACGAUUCAGCUGCACCAAAAUAUGACAAUAAAAUAGUCAGCGGUAUUUUUGUUAAAAAUGAAGUGAUAACCAAUAAAGAAAACAUUGAUGAUCAACAAAACGACAAUGUCCACCACCCUUCAGAUGACAUUAAUUCCACAGAGAGCGUUGCCUACUUCACAGAUGACGUUCGUUCUUCAGUUGACGUUGUCUCCUCGUCAGAUGACGUCAACCAUCUCACAGAUGACGUCUCACCUUCAGAUGAAGUCGACCACCCUUUACAUGACGUCGUCCAUCUUACUGAUGACGUCGACCACCCUUCAGAUGACGUUGUAAACAGCUCAGAUGACCUUGUCCACCUUGUAGAUGACGUUUCAAACCCCGCAAAUGACGCUGUUUUCCACUCAGACGAUUAUAACAAUGAUUAUGAUAAAAGUUCUGACAAAGUGAACAAACAAAAAUACACAGUAUAUUCACCUAACAUCAUGUCUCUAAAGGAUGGCAUUGCAGAGAAAAUUACAAGUCAAAAACUUGAAACUUUAACCGAAAUAAAAGCAUCUAUGGCAUCAAAAAAUAUAAAUAAGAAAAUGACUGAUGACAGGACUAGCAGUAAUGUCAAUGAGAAGGAAGAUAUAUAGGAACAAGAAGUUAGUGGGGCACAUGAAUAGGUACUAAUAAAAAAAUCAUCAUACCCUACUCAAUGUUAAACUAUAUGCAAUCAUAGUGAACUAUACAUUCCAAACAAACUAUAUGUACAUAAUUCUUAUGGUAAGAAAUUUAUUUGUUACAUAAGAAAUACCACAUACAUAUGGUAAACAGCAACCUCCUAUAUGACAAAUCAAACUGUUGAAUAUCAAAGUUCAAAAUCACAUGAUACACGUUAUUCUUCAGCACAAAGCUUCUCAACAUCAAGUGUAUUCAGCUGACAGUAAUGGAGUAGCAUCCUGAAUUGAAUAUGAAAAUCAACAUGAAAAGAUAGAAAAUCAUACAAGAAGAUUGUAUGACUAUAGAGAUGUUCAAGCAAGUGUUUAUUCUCACAGAGAUAUAAUAAAUUGUGAUAAAGUAGGAAAACAAUGUCCUUUAUUUGAUUUAUGCAACACAAA